UUUUUGUGUUUUCAAAGUCUUUUUGUUUCGUAGUGUUCUAUGGAUCCCCUCUAUCGUCCCGAAUUCCUCAUCCUCCUGCUGAAGCAGGAAGGACGUUCUCUCGAGGACCAUACCAGACAGUUUUUCCUAUUAGCUAAUGCCACCAGCUACCCGGACGGCGCGCUCUGCACCUUCUACAACACCAGCCUGAACUCCAAAUGCAGAGCGUUGUCGUCCGAAGAUGGUCCUCGGGAGGAUUUCGCCGCAUACGUGGAGUGGACUCUGGCGAGAAAUGGCUCACCUUUCACCAUCUGCCCCAUAGAGGAUCUCGCCAGUCCCACUCCCGACCCAGAGACCAGCCAGCCACCACCACGCCGCACGGAGCCAGAGCCCACCGCAGCCGCAGAGCCCGAGCCAUCCACUGACAGGGAACAGGAUCUCGAGAGCGCGACUGACCAGGUGUGUGAGCCGGCAACACCGUGCAUCGUGGGAGUCCUCGUGGAGAUCGAGGGCGUGGAGGAAAGCCCUGCCCACACUCCUGCGACUGAGGGUGAGCUGUAUGCAGUCUCUGAAGAUCGUAUGGAGCAAGUUCUGGAUCUGAUGGACUGGUCUAUGGAGGUAAUCCCUAAUUUUCCUGUUUCCCCGCUGGUUCCGUCCAGCCCUGAUUCCCCUGUAUACCCUCUCAGUCUCCCACUCCUACCUCCUCCAGUCAUUUCCUCUGCUCCAUUUCCGCUGGUUACGCCCAGCCCUGAGUUUUCUGUUUCUCCGCUGGUUCCGCCCAGCUCUGAAUCUUCUGUGUCUCCGCUGGUUCCGCCCAGCUCUGAAUCUUCUGUGUCUCCGCUGGUUCCGCCCAGCCCUGAGUUUUCUGUGUCUCCGCUGGUUCCGCCCAGCCCUGAGUUUUCUGUUUCUCCGCUGGUUACGCCCAGCCCUGAGUUUUCUGUUUCUCCGCUGGUUACGCCCAGCCCUGAGUUUUCUGUUUCUCCGCUGGUUCCGCCCAGCCCUGAGUUUCCUGUAGCUCCGCCCAGCUCUGAAUCUUCUGUUUCUCCGCUGGUUCCGCUCAGCCCUGAGUUUUCUGUUUCUCCGCUGGUUACGCCCAGCCCUGAGUUUUCCGUUUCUCCGCUGGUUACGCCCAGCCCUGAGUUUUCUGUUUCCCCGCUGGUUCCGCCCAGCCCUGAGUUUCCUGUGUCUCCGCUGGUUCCGCCCAGCUCUGAAUCUUCUGUGUCUCCGCUGGUUCCGCCCAGCUCUGAAUCUUCUGUGUCUCCGCUGGUUCCACCCAGCCCUGAAUCUUCUGUGUCUCCGCUGGUUCCGCCCAGCCCUGAAUCUUCUGUGUCUCCUGUAUUCCCUCCCAGCCUCCCUCUCCCGCCUCCCCCCAAGCCUGCUGGUCCCUCUACUCUUUCGCUGGUUCCGUCCAGUCCUGAUCCUCCUGUCCUUCCUCCCAUCCUUCUCCUCUCUCCUCCUCCUAGACCAGCCAGUUCCUCGCCAUCCCUGCUGGUGCCAGUCAGUCCCGCAGCUCACCCUCAGUCCGCGCCAUCGGGGCGCGAUGGUUCGCCGCUGGACUGCCAGUCUCCAGCUCCGCCUUGGCGCGUUAAGGCCCUGUCUCCGCCUCCAGCCUCCGAGCCCUGGACUCCUCCUCGGUCCUUCGACCCAGCGGCUCCGCCUUGGCUCUUAGCUCCCUCGUCUCCACCGUGGCCUGUCAUCCCACCUGCUCCACCGGGCUCCCUCGUCCCUCCGGCUUCACCUUGGUCAGUCGUCGACCAUCCGCCACCUCGGGACUCCUCUCCUCUGGUUCCACCUCGUCACUCCAUCCCUCCGGCUCUGUCAGGCUCCUCCUUCCCUCCGGUUCCACCUCCAUCCUCGGUCGCUCCGGCUCCACAGCGGUCUGCCAGGACCCCGCCUCCGCCUUGGUCGCCUGAGCCUUCUGCUCCACCUAGGCCCUCCGGAACCUCGUCGUCACCCUGGCUCUGCGGCUGUGCUGCUCCAUCUUGGGCUCCUCACCCACCGGUGCAGUCUCCGCCUGUCGGCUCCCUGGUGUCGUCGACCCUUCCUUCACCAUGGCUCCUCCCGCCGUCGACUCCACCUUGGAUCUCCGUCCUGGCUGGUCUCUGGUGGACCAUCUGGCUCCUCCUGCUCCUGUCUCCUCCCUGGCUCCUUCCUCCGUCGUCUCCUCCCUGGCUCCUCCUUCUGUGGUCCCUGUCUGCUGGCCCCCUCCUGGGAGUCCGUCCUCCACCGGAACCUCCUCCCAAGUUCCCACCCACGCCUCCCUCUGUUGUUUCUACGGUGCGAGGACGCACCUACCGGGAGGGGGGAGUACUGUCACACACCUGGACUCAUUUAGUGUUUUUUCCCCUGUGACCUAGUUUCUGUCU